GCGCUGCAGCGGUGCCAGUGACACUGGCAGACCCAGCCACGCCAGGAGCAAGGAGCCCUCAGGACCCCUCCGCUGUGGAGUAUGGCGUGCUCGUGCUGCUGCUGCCGGGGGAGGUGGCGGAGAAGGGCAAGGGGGGCGCAGGCGGGGGCGGAGGGGCGGGCGGAGGGGGAGGGGGAGGCGGAGGGGGCGAGGGCGGGGUGAAGAAGUUCCGCCAGGAGGUGCUGGAGAAGGUUGAUACGGUGGCGGAGCAGCUAGCAGUAGCGCUCCGCCAUGCAGGGGUGUUGGAGGCGAGCAGGCAGGCGCACGAGGUGCUGCUGGAGGAGGGCGAGCAGCUCAAGCAGGCCAACCUGGAGGGCAAGUCCGCCGUCAAGGCCCGAGACAACUUCCUGCAGGUGAUGAACGCCAAGAUGCGCACGCCAAUGCACUCCAUCACGGCGCUCUCAUCCCUCCUUGCUGAGUCAGACCUGAACGACGAGCAGCGCAGCAUGGCUGAAACGGUCGCCUUCUCCUCCACCCUCCUCGCCUCGCUGCUGUACGACAUCCUGGAGUUCUGGCGCCUGGAGGAGGACAACAUGAAGCUCGUGCUGGGCCCCGAGCAGUUUGAGCUGCCCGCACUCGUGACUGAAGCGGAGACUUUAUCCUCGCCCAUUGCCAAGGACAAGGGGAUUAUGUUGACGUUCAAGGCGGACCCCAACCUGCCGGAGAGUGUGAUCGGGGAUGGCAACAGGCUGCUGCAGGUGCUGCUGAACGUGAUAAACAACGCCAUCAAGUAUACAAACACGGGCACCAUAACCGUGACCGUCGCCCCCGAGCGCAUGGAGUGGGCGCGCGACGGCUUUGUGCUCAAGGCAGAGGCGGGCCACACCUUCAUCCGCUUUGAAGUCAAGGACUCGGGCGUGGACCUCAAUGCAGCUGAUAUUCCCAAGCUCUUCGACAAGUUUCAGGAAGAUGAGACAAAAGGCAGCAGGACUGGGCUCGGUCUUGCCCUUUCCCGGAAGUUUGUGCAGCUGAUGAACGGGCACAUAUGGAUGGAGAGCAACGGGCGGGGCAAGGGAGCGACGUGCAAGUUCCUGGCGAUGCUCAAGCUCGACAGCGAGGGCAGCGACCGCAGCGACGAGGACCAGGACGAGGGGCCUGAUGUCAACUUCUUUGCUCUCCGGAUCAUGGUGGUAGACGAUAACAUGGUGAACCGGCUCGUGACGAAGCGCCUUUUGGACCGCAUCGGCAUCUCAACGCGCGUGGUGGAGUCGGGCAAGGAGUGUCUGCGCAUCCUGGCGGAGGAGCAGGACGAGGAGAAGUAUGAUGUGCUCCUGCUCGACCUCAUGAUGCCCGAGAUGGAUGGGUACACAGUAGCAAACAAGAUUCGCACGGAGCUGAAAGCAGAGCUGCGACCGAUGAUAGUGGCGCUGACAGCCAAUGCGGACGAGACCACCAAGGACCAGUGCUUGCGGCACGGCAUGGCCGGCAUGAUCACCAAACCCAUCUCGCUCAACGCGCUGCGCGACGUGCUCGGGAAGAUGCUGGACCAGAACGCACGGAACAACUGA